AUGCCGAGAUCCGUUCAACACUGGCCUGGGGGAAUUCCCAGUUCCAUCAAACCACACCCGGAAACGGAUUUAUCUUGGGACCAGAUCAAGGAGGAAGUUAAGGGCUGGCUCUUGUUUGUACAGGUUUCUGCUGCAGCAGUAAACAACUGUGUUGACGACUACGAGCUACACCAGCGGCGACAACUCGUAGAAAAAUGGGCCUCAGCCACACAGGAAAUGCGGGAUUCGUACCAAUCGCGUGCGCCUAUAGGUCUUCCAGGUACAGAGGGGCCAGAUAAAAGGGGGCCUAUUGAAGGCCUUCGGUAUCCAGCCGAAGCACUGGAACAUAUCUACGACACUCUCCAACCAGAAGAUGUUUGCGGCCUGGUUUCCCUUGUCCCUAUUGACGAGGCCCAUGCUGCCAAUCGGGCGCGAUGGGUCAAAUUCGCCAUCAUGUUGUACGAUUAUGAUAUCGAGACUGGGCACUGUCUACUUGAUAACUACAUGCCCUCGAAGGCUGCCACCUUGAAUCCAGCAACCAUCGCCACCAAUUCUUCAAUAGAAGCAUAUCUACCCUGGAAGAAUCUGGAGACCGCAAACUUUCUAAAUCUCACACAGAAUGGCACCGUUCUGUAUCUCCGAGGUAAUAACGGCCCACAUAUGCUGGUUGAUGAAGAAGGCCUUAAAACCGGCCGUUUGUCAAUGGUCAAGUAUGAGAUAAACGGCACUGUUGAGGAGGCUCUUCAAAUCCGCCCGUUCAAUAUGCGAUGGCCAUAUUUGUAUAAGUCGGAAAUCACGCAGGAUCUUGAUAGGAUCCGCCAUGUUCAGGACUUGAUAUGGAUCUACCGAUCAUCGAGCUUCUCUGUCAAGCUCAGGCCGCUAACCAACUUCCAAGAACAAUGGACUUAUGUGAUCGAGAGCAAUGGAUGGAUGAUAUUGAACUUUAUGCCCCAGGCUACUUACGUUUCGAGGAAGAAGGGCGUGCGGGAGAGUAUCCCUUGA